AUGUUUCCUGUCCAGAAGCAGUCCCGUGUAGCUUGCACCCAGUUCCGACGACACGCCCUAAUUGCCAUCGACCAACUCCCAGCCCCUCCUGUGAAUGUGGCAUCAUCGGCCGAGACCUCGCCCGUUGACAAGCCAAUCGACAAGCCUAUCAAGGCCGUGCCCGACGAAGACCUCGAUCUCGAUGACGACAUUUGCCCCGUUUGCGACGGAGACUGCACCUGCAAUACCCCGAAAGCCUCGCCUGUCCCUGUCGCCACUCCGGUAAAAUCCCUUCAGCGCAAACCCAACGGGGCCUCAGCCAAGUCAAGAAAGCCUGGUCAACUACCUCUCGAUGUGCCAAAGCCAGACCCGUUGCCAAACGCCGCUCUCAAAGCAACCACCCCUGUCACUGCCCCGAGGCUGCCAAAGACCAAGAUGCCCGUUGCCGACUUGGCCAAGGCACAAGUGCUACCCAAACCCACGACCCCGGUCGGCAAGCCCCGCACCCGGACACCAAAGUCGGCCGUAGCCGACGACACCAAGACCCUCAAGGCUGCAGCCCGGAAAGCCAGCUCCACCAAGGCCAAGGAACUUCAAAUCAAGAGUGUCAAGCUGAUAUCGGCGGUGCAGCCAACGAAACGGUCGCUGAUCGAGGAGGAUCUUGGAGAAAUGGACUUGGAUCCGGAUCUCGAGGACGAAGAGGUCGAUAUUGUCGACAUUGACGACGACGAGCCAACGCCAUUCACACCAACAAGCCAGAUGGCUGCUCCUCCGACAGCGCUCCAUCCCGGAACCCCAUUCCCCACACAGACCCACCCGCCGCUCUUUGAGGACCAGUCGACGCCUGCACGGUCUGCCCGAUCAGGGGAACAAACAAAGUCCGGCAUCAGAGACAAGGUUCUUGGAAAAGACGCCUCCGCCAAAGUCAAAGGCGGGCUGCUUGGCACCUCGGCCCUACAGCAACGAGGAUCAGCGGCAAAUACACUGCCAACUGCCUCAGAGACCAAGAAGAGUAGCGGCAAAGUAAGCCAGACGCUCAAGGAGGUCAUUCAUCGCUCCAAAACCAACGACGAUGGCGCCGUUCCAACAAGAGGUCGGCCGAAAUCUACAGAUCGUCAGCGGCGCCUCUCUAGUGCCUCGACAAAGUCGGCCGCCAAAGCCGCAAAGAUGGCCGCAGUGUCGUCACCCUCAAUUUCCCUCUCACAAGCGUCAUCCAGUGACUCUUUGGUGACGACGCCGGCAACGACGGCUGCUUUGAUUGCCGACGAAUUCACCAAAGCUGUCAGCUCGGGAAGGCGAUCAAGCGGCGCUGCAAGCAGGGCACAGGUUGCAUCCGGCCAAGCCGCCCACUCGCCGACGGCUCCGCUCCACAGCGAGAGCGAGAGCGAACUGAGUGAUAUUGCUUCGAGCUUUGGUGCCACCACCACCGACGACGACGACGGUCAAGACUCAAUCAAGGAUCUCGUCGCCAUCAGCGGCAGUGAUGAAGACGGUGAAUUUGCGAGCAUGCACCGGUAUUACGACUCGGAUGAUGACUCGGACGACGACGAAGGCCACUUGCAGGACGAGGACGAGGACGAUAGUCGCGAGGGUUAUGGCUACGAGGAAGAGGAUGAAGACGAUCUGGACGACGAGGACCGGCUCGACCCGGUUGAACGCGAAAUCCGACGGCUGCAGCAGCAGCAACAGCAGGAGGACCAGCGGCGGCGAGCCCAGUGGAGCUCCGAUGAGGACUUUUACUCCGGCAGCGAGGACCCAGACGUCAGUGACAGCGAUGAUCAAGUGUCGUCAUUCUGGAAGAGCAAGUCGCCCCUCAUCAUCAGCAAGCGCGUGUCGUUUUCGGAGGUGCCUGUCAAUCUACUCUCGCUGCCCGACAGCUUUUCGCCCAAGACCGAGUCGGACUCGCCCGAAGACCAAGUCACCGAGACGGCCGACGACGAAGCAAACGCACAGGGCACCCCCGAGGCGGACGGCACCGAGGAAGCGAUGUCGAGUGCAGAGGCGGCAUCUGCGGAUAUGGAUGUCCUUGUCGACGACCCCUAUGGCAGCCGCUCGACAACAAGCCACGUCGGCACUCCUGCAGAGCCGCUCAGCCAAAUCUCCAAUGGAAGUGUCCUCACGGCACACUCAGCAUCGAUCGCCAGCACCGCAUCGUCGCCAAGCACGAUCCUGUCGCAGGUGGUCGGUGGCGAGCUGGACCAGAUUGCCAUCGACACAACUUUGCCGGAACACAUUCUGCAAGAGGCCGGAAUGUACCUCGCCCAGGACUCCAAGUCUACCAUGAUCGAUGCCCCACAGGCACUGCUGUCUGCAAAGUUCCCGGAGCUGAUAGCCUCGGCCGCGCUGUCGAGUCAGAUCUCGGCUGCGAUGGCAUCCUCGGCCGGGCUAGUGGCGGCCACGCCUGCAACGAUUCCCUCGCCCAACAUCAUGGUUCCGCCCGUCCCCGCACCCCCGACGCCGACACCUGCGCCGGCUGCGUCCGUGUCCUUCGACUUCAAAAAGUCGCACAUCGGGCCCAACGGCGAAAUCACCACUACCACCGAGACAAUGACUUUCCAACGGCCGCAGCAGAACGCGUCCUCCAAAUCGUCGUCGUCGUCCUCGCUCAAGAAGAAGCCCGCUGCCCCAAAGCCCCGCCGCCCCAACACAAGCGCUGCAACUCCGCCGGGCUUCCGGCCCUCGGCCGUCCCGCAUCCGAAUCCAUCCAAUAUCAAUGCCGCUCGUCUGCUGAUCAACCCGCUUGCGGCCACUUCUGGCAUCCCCCAGUCCCUGUUCGCCCCCGCUGCCAAUCUCCUCCCAGCUCCAGGGAGCUCGAUGGCUUUCCCGACCACCACCCAGCAGCCAACAGCGUCGACACCGACAGGUACCCAGAAUCAACCCCCGCAGAGCCCUGCACAAGCGCAGGCCCAGGCCCAGGCAGCCGUAAACCUGUUGCUGAAGCAGCGGCCGGUGCCUCUGCUUGGAGUCAACCCGAUGGCCGCUGCGGCAGCGGCGAUGGCAGCGACAGCGCCCGGCACGCUUCUAGCGCUUACACAGCUCCGCAAGCGCGAGCUCGAGAAGCUGUGGGACGGCAUGAACCUGGACCCAAAGGUGCGCGCGAUGAUGUCGGCCUUGAACGGCAUCAACAUGAAUCCGUUCGCAAGCUUUGGCCUUCCAUCUCUGGCUGGGUUCCCGCCGGUGCCACUCCCGAAAAUGAAGAUGGACGGAUCCAGUGGGGCGUCCACAAGCACCGAUCCGGCCCAGCCCCCAUAUAUUGGCUUCGAUUUUGCAAAGGUCCUCGAAGAGUUCACGGCAGCCGCUCUGGCCAACGCCAAUCUCGAUCUCACAGCGACUGCUGCCCAGAUAUCGGCGGCAAAUGGCAAGCCUGGCGCCAGAGGUGCCCCCUCCCCUUCAAGCGACAAAUCCUCACCCUCUGGGUCGUCCAAAUCAGCGACAAAGUCGACCGCGAAGGUUGGCGCGAGUACGGCUGCCGCUGCAGUGCCAGGCCAGCCGCCGCUAUCGAAUCUGUCGUCCUCACUCCUCGGCCUCACUAGUCUUGCGGCUGCGGCUGCAGCAUCGACAUCGGCGUCAGCAUCGGCAUCGGCAUCGGCCCAGCAGGGCUCCAAACUGCAUCUGCAAACAUCGGCUGCCCCAUCAACGAUCUUCUCGGCCGUGGCGCCCCUGGCGGUCGAUCUGCCCGUUUCAGCCACACUUGGCAAGGCCGCCGCCGGGCCCACUGAGAAUGGCACUCAUGCCCAGGCUGCAAGGUCGUCGACAGACUCGUUGGUGCCUGUGUCGACUUCGUCGUCCAUCUCGGGCACUCUACAGGACAAAAAGGCGGCCUCGAGUUCGUCCCUUACUGAGUCGUUCAUCACCAUGGACGACUGGGUAGACACCGAGGCCCUGGACUCGGACUCGGACAGGACCGAGGCUCCAGACGACAAGAGCCAUCUCGACGACAACCGAUGGGAGCGCAUUCCCAUCUAUGCCUACAGUUCGCGCCGCCAGCGCCGCAUGAGCAUCGGAACCAAAAUGAAGGACGUGGCCAAGGCGGUGCGCAUGAACACGGGCAGCCUCGAAACGACGCUCGUGGGCUCGCACAAGGGACUCGAGUACAGUCCGAUUCUGAAGCCGUACAAGUCGCCCUCCCUUGAGGCAUUCAAGUUCAAGAACGGCAGCCACCAUGGCGUAUCCAAAUCGGUCUCGAAUGGGACGCAGUCUCGCCACGGUCGCAUCGACAAGCCCAGAAGAAACGGCGGUCUGCGUGCCAACGGCGAUGGCUUCAUCGGCAACCACACCCCAGCCAAUCCCUCUGCGCUGCUGUCGCCGCUGUGGUCGGCCCAACCAAAGGACUCGCUCAAGGGCAUCCCCUCGCUCCACCUGCCCGGCGCCGCCCGCACUGAGUGGGACUCGCUGCUGAAGCUUCCGCCGUCAGUCUACGACGAGUAG